GUUGUCUAUGGACUCUAUUGAUUGGUCAACGAGGAGAUGUAAAAAAUGGCUGCCUUGCCUUCUCCUACUCAGGUGGCAGGGACCCACAGUGCUAUAUACGAAGCGUAUUAUCAUCAAGUAGACCCAAAUGGCACAGGAGCUAUACAAGCUUUGGAUGCUGCCCGAUUCCUUAAAAAGUCACGCCUCAGCGAUGUGGUACUUAGCAAAAUAUGGGACCAGUCAGAUCCUACUGGAAAGGGAUAUUUGGACAAAGCUGGAUUGUUCGUUGCACUGAAGUUGGUAGCGCUGGCACAGGCAGGAAAAGACUUCAAUAUGAGCAACAUCCACUCAGAGACUCCACCACCUAAAGUUGGUGAGCUACCUAAAGUGCCACCACCUUCAGCGACGCCGGCCACAGCACCAGCGCUGGCUCCGCUCAGCGACUGGAGCGUGAAGCCAGCUGAACGAGACAAGUACAGCCAGCUCUUCGACUCGCUGCAGCCCAGUAAUGGACUGAUACCGGGAAACAAGGUAAAAGGAGUAUUGAUGGAGUCAAAACUUCCGUUAGAUAUCUUGGGUAAAAUUUGGGAUUUAGCAGAUCAAGAUAAAGACGGCAUGCUCGACAGGCACGAGUUUAUUGUUGCAAUGCACUUAGUCUACAAAGCGCUAGAGAAACAUGCCGUGCCAACGACGCUGCCUCCAGAGUUGCGCGCGCGGCCCGCCAGACCUCCUUCAAGGCCCCCCUCGCGUCCCCCUUCCAGACCUCCCUCGCGGCCUCCCUCCCCGCAGCCCCGCGUGCCCCCGCCGCGACCGCAACCCCCUCCACAGCAGCCGCAAUCGAAUGCGUCACUGCUGGAGGGAUUGCUAGAUUUGUCCAGUCCCCCAGCCCCUACUCCCCCUGCAACCCAGCAGUGGAUCACCCCCAGCGAGCGCGCCAAGUACGACUCGCAGUUCACAGCCGCAGACACGGACCGGGACGGGUUCGUGUCCGGCGCGGAGAUACGGCACGUGCUGCUCGACAGCGGCCUGCCGCAGAAAACGCUGGCGCAGAUAUGGGCGCUCUGCGACACGGAGAGCACGGGCAAGCUGUCGCGCCACCAGUUCGCGGCCGCCAUGUGCCUCGUGCAGCGCGCGCUGCGCGGCCUGGCGCCCCCCGCCGCGCUGCCCGCCGCGCUCGCCGCGCCCGACGUGCCCGCGCCGCCCGCGCCGCCCGCGCCCCAGAAACCGGAACCAGUAAGCCUGGGCCCACAACCGACCCCGGAGAUGGAUGCGAUCGCGCGCGAAGUGGACGCGCUCGCCCGGGAACGACUCGCGCUGGAGGCGGAGCUGGCCGCCAAGCAGCGGGAGGUCACCGUGAAGAGCGGGGAGGCGGACAGCCUUCAGAGUGAGUUAGAUACUCUGACGGCGACGCUAAAACAGUUAGAAAACCAAAAAGGCGAGGCGCAGAAGAGAUUAAACGAUUUAAAAUCACAAGUGGACAAGCUGCGGUCGCAGGUGUCGGCGCAGGAGGCGGCGGCGGCGGAGACCGAGGCGGAGGUGUCGGCGCGCCGCGCCGCCGCCUCGUCGCUGCGCGAGCGCGAGCGCGCGCUGCAGCAGGAGGCCGCCGCCGCGGAGGCCGAGGCCGAGGCCGUCACCGCGCAGCUCAGCCGCACCGUGCUCGCCGUCAGCCAGGCGAAAAUCAAAAUAAGUCACCUCGAGGAGCAGCAGCAGUCGCUCACGUCGGCCGUGGAGGCGCUGGAGGCGGGGGGGCCGGGCGCGGCCGGCGUGCUGGCGCUGCAGCCGCUGCACUCCGUGCAGCAGCUGGCGCAGCUCGUGCGCGGGACCACGCCCAACGACGCGCUCGAAGACGAAUCUUUCUCCAAGAACGAAUUCGGCGCGAUGAACGGCUCGAGCGGCUUCACGUCCGACCCCUUCAAAGACUCCGCCUUCUCGAGCGUCCCUCACAACGACCCCUUCGCGCCCACGUCGAACUCCAACCACUCGAAGGACGGCUUCGCCGCGGACGCGUUCGCGUCGGACGCGGACCCGUUCGCGGGCGACGCCUUCGCGCCCGCCGACGGACCGAAGCCCGACGACGCGGCGUGGGACGCCGACCCCUUCGCGGUGCUGCACGCGCCCACGCGCGCCAGCGCCGCGCCCCCCCCCGCCGCGCCCCCCGCCGCCGCCAACGCCAACGCCAAGCGCCACAAGACGCCGCCGCCGCGCCCCGCGCCGCCGCGCCCCAUGCCGCCGCACAAGAACGACCGCAAACCCGCCCUCGACUUCACGGAGGAUCCCUUCAAAGACUACAGAUACGAGGACCCCUUCAACAUAGAGGACCCCUUCGCCGACGUCGUCGACGCCAAGAAGAUCGACCCCUUCGCGAGACCGACGUCCGUCGCCGGCUUCGAGACGGACUCGUUCGGCCCCGCCUCCGCCCUCAACGGCGGCUUCGCUCGCCCGCAGGACCGCCACGGCGGCCGCGUGUCCGCCCCGCCCGGCGGGGACCCCUUCUCGGCCUCCCGCUCCAACAACAACGAGGCGUGGGUCGCGUGGCCCAACGACAACUGGGCCAUGGACGACGCCUGGACCAAACCCACGCAGGACGCGUGGGGCACGAAUACGUCCAAGAGUACCGCGAGCGACUGGAAGACCGGAAACUGGGCGAACAAGUCCGACAACUGGGCGACCGACUGGGACAGCAACGCGAACGCGAGCGCCAACGCCAACGCCAACGCCAACGCGAGUUCGGACCCCAAGAAGAAUUUGAACGAAACGUGGCCGUCGAACACGCUGCCCAGUAAGAAGGAAAAAUCGCCGAAACCGGUCAAGUACGCCAAGUCGCUAGUGCACACGAUAGGAGGCAUCGGCCGGACGAGGCAAAACAAGGACAAAAAAGCGAAGUCGACCGAAUCCAAGAGUUCGGAGUUCCUGCCGACGGAGGAGCAGCAGUGGGCGUGGGCGGCGGCCGAGUCGGCGCGCCUGCAGGCCGAGGCCGACGCGCGGCGCCGCCAGGAGGACGCCGAGCUGCAGCUGGCGCUGGCCAUCUCGCGCCAGGAGAAGUGACCCAGGACUCUCAUGUCUCUGCUGCGGGGGAACAACCGCGCGCGUUGACGCGAGCGGUCGUUUAGUCGUAAGGACUAUAUUGGCGUGCGGUUGACGAAUCGUCCGAUUGUGAAGUCUUGCCUUUAACUCUCGAAAGAUUUGUAUCGAAGGAUUCGUUUGAAUCGGUAUUGAAUUAUUUUGUAUAUCGUUGCUUUCGAAUGAAUCCGCUAGUCAUUAUCGAGAAUCAAAAUCUCGAGUCUUCGAUGAACAAACGGGAAAAUUUGAGUUAUAAAUCGCUUGCAACUGAAUAUUAAGCGAACGAGUCAUUUAUACGAACGGCUAAACGAAGGUAGUAGAGAAACAUAAAAAAGAUAUUACGAGUAUUAAUUUAUUAAAUUUAUGUCUCUUCGAGCGCUGUAAUUCAAAAGAGAAAGCAUUUUUUAAUUUUUAAACCGCUUCAUUUGUGCCCAAGGAAAGGUAAAUUUAAUAUGGAAGAUUGAUUAAUUAUAAGUUUUAUUCCAUAUUUAUUCGAUAACUAUGAAAGAAAUAAUACAAUCGACUUUACCUUCUAGAGAACCACCAGAGGCACCACUGCGGGGUAUAAUGACUAAAGUUUCUCAGAAAACCGUUGUUAGUAGAAAUGUCCCGUUUGCUUAGUCUUGAAUACAUAUAUGAUAAGAGAUCUGAUCACUCAGGAAGGCGUCCUCCGCAAUAAGUUAUCAGCGUGUAUUGGUAUGAGUGACGUUCGUUCGUAUAAGAUGUAUUAGUGUGCGUGGGAUAUCUAAUGUAAGUCAUGAAUAAAGAUAGCAAAAAAAAAAAAAUAUUAUAUUUGUCAAUACACACCAAUAAUUUAACGAAGGAGGAAGGGGGGGUGUCCUUCGUGAGUGAACAUAUCUAGACUUACAUAAUUACUCAUAAAAAAUGGCCUAAACCUUUGUAAUAUAUAAAAUGAUGUACAGUCCUUAGUUUUAUCGUUUAUGGUUUAAUUAUUGAUAAAAUAUUUAUAAAAUCGGAUGCGAAUUGCAAAAAGGCGUUAACCUGGGGUCCCUCUUAUUUGACAUAUUUAUUAUAUUUUAAUGUAUAUAAACUAAUUUACGGAUAAUACUUGGGAUUAUAAGACUUUGAAAUUGGAAUGUAAACGUUUAUAAAUCAUCUUCCAAAUGGAAUUUCGUUCACAACAAGUGCUUUUGUUAAGUUGUAUACAUUCAAAGUUGAUCGUAACAUAUUUAUUUCAAUAUGUCGUCACAAAACGAUAUUAACUCGAUUAAUCGAUUCUCGAUUUAUAAUUUUUGAUUGUAUAAUAUUUACGAGUGAUAUCUGUUCUUACGUAUGUUUUUAUUUAUCGUUAUUUUGUAUAUAAUGAAUAGUUAUAACUUGUACAAAGAUUCCAUUCGAUGCAAAUCGGAGCGACUUCGAUAAUGAUCAAUCAGGGGCGUCAUUGGAACGGACGUAUAGAAAAGUUUUCGAAUUUAUAUGAACAGACUUUGUUUAAUGUACAAUUUUUUGUUGUCUCGGUAAUGUUAAAUUGUUUUUAUUCGACAUGAUUUUUAAUGCAAAUAUAAUUCGAUUUUUAAAAAUAAAAACAAACAAUAGUGCUUUGUUUUGAUUACGUUGUUUAAUUGUUUGUAUUGUUGUAGAUCGAGGAAUAUUGUUUUCAGUACACGGUGACGUCACUCGUACUUCCCCAACUAUUUGUUAUUUAAUAUUAGAUUGAGUGAAUGCAAUAUUCCGAAGCGCUAGUUAUGUUACGUUUUAUUUAAUUGCAUGUUAAGAAAAUUAUACGUUUACGAAUUUUCCGAUGUGGUAACAUUGAAUCGUCCAGCUAUGUGUAACUUUACCACCGAUUGUUCAAAUAAUAUUUAUAUAAACAGCGUCUUGUUAUUUAUCUAUCUAUAAGAUCAUUUUAUCAGCAAUAAUUGAACGAAUGUUACUUAAGUUUGUCUAUGGUGCCUUCAAUCGUCAGAUAAAUUGGAUGUGAAGAGGUCUCGUGUCUUGUCAUUUCAUCAAAACAAAUUAUAGAACUGUGAAUCUUAUUACAAUGAGAUAAAACCGAUAAUAAUGUAUCACGUCUCCCAAUAUGUUAGUAAGUUUAAAGCGAUUCUUAUAAUAUUCAGCGGAGUCGUCUGAGCUGUCUAUAAAGCUUUUAAAUUAUACUACUACAUUAAAUAUGUUCGAUAUGUUUAAACUUAUUGUAUCAAAAAUGUUUUUCAUACCAAAUUGGUAGUUUUUAGCUUAGCUAUGUAGGUUAGCAUCGGGCAACACUCGCUUAUGUGCGCACGGGCCGUAAGCCGCCUCCGGUACAAUAAUUAAUCUAGUAUGCACGCUUGCCGAGACAUAAAAACUACCAUUUUCUCGAUGGCAACACUGAAUCUUUCUACUACGAGUAUGUCUCAGCAAGCCUCUAGUUGUUUAGGUAAGUGAUUAUGUAAAUGUAAACUUAUAAUGUAACUAUUAAUACCAACGUGUUUAUGGGUAAUAUCCUAAAAGUUGUUAUCUCUUUCUUAGGCGCUGUUGUUUAUGGCUCAUCGGUCUGCGUGGACGCCAUGUUUGUAGCAUUUCAUAUGGUGUUGCCAGUUGAAUAAAUCUAUCUAUUUCUAUAUUUAUAGUGAAAUGUUUCUAUGAUACGUUUGUGUUCUAUGAUUAAUGUAAUUCGUGUAAUUAUAGCUUGUUCAUAUUUUGUAAAUGUUAUCAUAGAUGUAUUUAUUUCAGACGAAAUCGUCCUCAGUCAAUUUGUAUAUUUGUUUUGUAGUAUAAAUUAUGUAAUUGUAAUAUUAAUGUUCUGAUUCUUCCAAAGUCCACGCGGCCCGAUCGACCCGUGUCUGUUAUCAGAAUAUAUUGUAACGUACCUUCAAUGAUAGCGGAUUAAAAAUGAUACAUUAAUUCUUCGACGUUGACGUGUAUAUGUGUAUUUAAAGCUAUAAAUAAUGUAAUUUUGGUAAUAUUUAUAUUUAAGUGAUGCUUAAGAAUCCGUUCAUCACACCGAAGCUUGCAUUUCAUUUAUAAUACGAAUGUUGCUAGUUAAAAAACCUUUUUAAUUGCAUUAUAAACAUAUACAAGAAUACUACAUAAAUUGGCUUUUAGACAAGACGUUUUUAGAGUAAAAUAAUGUAAUAUGCCUUGCUGUGAGGAGCGGAUUCUCAGAGCCGGUAGUGACGGUGCGCGGGACUCCGACGAGUUAAAUAAAGAUGGCCGGCGUUUGCUUCUCUUUCGCACUUACUGCACUCGAGCGAAACGGCGAUAUUACUUUGUAAUGCUAAUCAGUAUUAUCCGGAACCGCGCGCCUAGUAUAGAAGCAAAUUGGUUCGUUAUAUUGGUGGAAAUUAAAUAAAGUAUAAAUAUACUUUAUUUAAUUAAAUUUAUAAGUAUAUUAUUAUGAAAGCAAAUGUGAAAAAGCUAUGCUUCUUUGCUCAUUUACAACUAGCGACAUUACGGCCAUUGCUGCCAACAUCAUAAUGUUGAAACAUCGUGGUAGGUUAGUAGAAACCAUUUAACCAUAUAAACGAAAUGUAUUGAAAUAAAAUAAUAUUCAUAUUAUAGAAUCAUCACAAAAUUAUCAUUAUUAUUCGUUGUUGCAAUGUGUGUAAAUUAUAGAAAACGCAUUUAUUGAAGUUUAUACUGUGAAUAGUUUAUUUGACUCUCUCGUGAUUACGACUUUUUGUUCGUCGCUUUUGAUAUGCAACGAAUUGUGAGUUAAUUUCUAGAAUCAUUCCAAAAAUUAUAUUUUAGCGUUCAUGUUACCUUCACAAACGGUCCUCAUAAAACUUUCAUCUCAUCAUUUUAAUAUAAGGUAUACGAAAACUACAACAGAGAAAAAACAUAAUCUCAUUCUGGCCGAAGAUACCAUAACAUAUACAAAGUAUAAUAUGUUAUCAGGAUACAUGUGUUUUUUGCGGAUUAUUUAAUAUUUCUCCUACCAUUUCUUUGUAUGUUUUUGUCAUUGGUAAAGUACAAUUAUCAUAUCAAAACGCUGGGGCGUUCGUAUGUUAUUCGUUGAUAGAAAUGUUUAAUUAUUAUUAUUGUGAUCUAGUGUUGUACUUAGAUGUUCUAAAAUGGUUAGCGGAGUAGCGGAUAUCAACACUGACACACCAAAGGUCGGAAAACUUUUCUCACGUGUAUUGCCAGUUAAUAAAAAUAUCAUAUCAUUAAUAUAUAUAUUUAAAAUUAUCGUAUGAUUAAAUUGUUUUUUUUUUUUUACUGGACGUUGUUGUGUCAUUGUUGAGAUAUAAUUUUUAUUGCGUAGGUUUCUGUGUAAUGCAUAAGCCUUUGUGGUAUAUCUUUUAUAGAGAAAAGGCUUUAAUACAUAUUCAUAUUCGAUCAUUAGAGUAGUUUUCUACAAAUCAAAAUAAUAAACAACACAUUGAAAUAUUGACACCUGUGUGUGUUCAACGAUAAUGCAAUAUGAAUAUAUUUUUUUUCUAUUGAAAUGUUGCCAGAUUACGUAUUCCAAAUUUAAAUGUAAAACUAUGUUUCAAUAUAAACAUAUCGCAUGGAUUCAUCCCUAAUACAAAAGCUUUUAUAUUGCGUUAAUAUAUUUAAGCAUUUUCUAUACAUUUUCUUAACACAGGGACCUAUUAAAUGUGGAAUUCGCUGUCGUUUCGUAUUGAAUAUAGCUUUUGUUACGGUUACAAAUGUAUGCACUAGAUAAUGCGAAUUUAGAUAUGAUCUUGUAGGUAAUAUAUAAAAAGUUAAAUGUUUGUAUGCAAGCGAGUUGUGUAUGUUUCUUUUAAUUUAGCGUGUUGCUAUGACAACGCCAUCUUCGAAUUUUACACGCCUGUAACAAUCUUGUUGUCGUUGUAAAUUUUGAAGCACGUAUAUAAACUCGACGCCUCGUCGCAAUAGUGUUGCCGUCUGUACGGAUAAACUUCAACUGAGCGUGGAUAAGACAUGGAUGUGUUAGGAAUAGUUUAAUAGCACUAUUAACGACCUAAAAUAAAUGUUACGUGUUAUUUUGAUUGGCUGUGUUCUGUUGCGGCAUUCACUCGAAAUAUGUUUUAUACCACACGAGACUUUUUAAUUUUGACGGAUUAUAUACAAUUUUCGAAUAAGUUUCGAUGAAUAUAUCAAAGUCAAUAUUGAAAAGUUGUUCGUGUGUUUUAAUAAUAUAUGAUGUAAAUGGGAAUUGUCAUAUAACUCGGUCAGGUACAACGUGCCGGCAUACGUCAUUACCCGCUGAGACCCAUUGUAAUGAAACUAUGAUAUUAUAUUAAUAUGAAAAUAAUUCCUGAGAUAAUAAAAUGAACAGCAUACUGUAUA